AGCUUUACAAGUAAAACCAGCCAUGUGCUCCUUCAAAGUAUCCAGAGGGCAAUGCCAAACACUACGUAUUGCAAAGAAUGGGUCACCACAGACGAGGCGCUGCCCCUUCCGUCACAGCCCUUUCUCACCGCGUACAUGACGGUGCUGGCCCUUGUUGCCCUGGUCUUGGGUGUCACCAUUCGCAGCCUGCGGCCACAAGCAGUCAGACGACUCCUUGCAGAUGCGGGUGUGGCUAUGCACAAGGUCAAGAAGACGGCCACUGAGAUUGAACGGAAAAUAUUCCACCUUUGUGGCCUCUUGGUCCCGCUAACGUAUCAGCUCCUUCUGACGCAUGGAGUUUCCAGAGGCUUCUGCGUCAAGCUGUGCUGGACCAUCACUGUUAUCGGUGUUAGUUGCGAUUGGCUGCGGGUGCACGUACCUUUUGUGAGAGAUCAUUGGCCGCUCAAGUCCAUUCUGCGGGAGAAGGAAGCUACCACACUCUGUGGAGGGAGUUGGUUCUCGCUGGGCUGUACGCUGGCCAUCCAAGUCUUUGCACCUGUGAUAGCGAUGACAUCAAUCCUUUUCCUUGUCAUGGGUGACAUGACAGCCGCGCUCAUCGGCCGCUCCUUUGGUCAGAGUGUUUGUAGCAUGAAGAUCGGGCCGGGCGGCAAGAAAUCCGUGGAGGGAAGCAUGGCCAUGUUCAUGACCUGCUUCGUUUUCGGCUGCACAAUCUUUAGCCCAGUGCACCUCAGAGAGUACGCGGUGGUGAUCGGAUCCCUGGUCGCUACACUCACAGAGCUCUACGAGCCCUUGGGUAUCAACGACAACGUGACCAUACCGCUGCUUGGUGGCGUGGCAUUGACCUUUGGAUUUGCUCGAACUUACUCCUGUGAGCCUGCGCGGAGCCCGCUGCUUUGGUACCUGUGAACUCUCACAGACUUUGCAGCGGGUGCUUUCGUUCGGUCGAAGCCGCUGUUCGGAUCGGAUCUACGGAUCUUCGCGUAGAGAAGUGGCUUCGGCAGUUCCCAUGGGCCGAAGGCCAGCGGCACUGCAGAGCCUUCAGUCCUUGAGGCCUUGAGGCCUUGAGUUGGCCUCACAUCCACGCAACUCAAAUGAAUCUCGCGAAAUCUGGCAUACGAGGCACACAACUUGGCGCACGCGUUCGCAGCCAUUCCCAAUGCGAGAGCUAUGAGUCGAAAU